GCCCGCCAACGGACGAGCGAGCAGCCACGGGACGGGAGCACGAUCGAGAAAUCCACGCGAUAUUCCCGAAUACGUAAGAUUUAAUGCGGGACGUAUCAAAGAUCAAACGGGAGUUGCAUUUUCUCUACUCAGUCUCAGUCGGAGCAUCGUUCGAUAAUUAACAUAGAUACGGUUCAUUGUCGUCCGUUAUCAGAUCGUAUUCUUUAAAUCGAGAUCGGUUUUAGCCGUGCGUGUCUCUAUUGCGAAUCCUCUGCGACCAAUCCUCCGAGAGGAUUCUUCGUGUUGCGUGGUGAGCGGAGUCUGCGAGAAGGGAAAGGGUUACGGAGAGAGAUCAAAGGAUAGAGAAAAAGGUUGGGUCGAGUGAGAGAGGGUGCGAGAUCGUAAGAGGAAAGGUGGGGAGAUCGUGAGAGUCGCGUGGUGAGAACACGUUCCACGGGAUCUUGUUUUGGGAGCGAGAUCGGUGAUAUUUUAAUAGGCGAUUUUCCAUAGGUGGAUCACUCGUACUCGUGUUUCCCAUUGUUUUUACGUCAAGGGGAUUAAAGUGCAUUGUGUCUUACAUAAGUGAUUUUCAUUAUUCUCGGAUUAUUCGAUCGGAGUAUUGCACUGUCGAAUGACAUAGUCGAAUUUCUCUGGGGAUAAACAGUGACUAGUGCUGAGAGUGAUUUAAUAGUAUCAGUGUGCAAACAGUUGGUCGGUGAUAUUAUCUACAAGGUGAAAUCGCUUUUCUCAUUGAGGAAGGCGUCUGGAUAUCUUGAAGGUGCCUGGUGCGAUAUGAGAAAAUUGACAGAAUAAUAACAAGAAAGUUUGAUAACGAAGUUAAAUCUCUGAAUGAAAUCAAAUAAGAUACAAUUAAUUUGAUAAUGAAUUAGGCUCUCCUAAUCGAUACUCGAGAACAGAUUAUCUCCAAUCCCACUUAUUACCAAGCGAAAUCAACACAACUCGAUCUAUGAAUUAAGCCUGAGAAAAAUUAAUAUAGUACCAUUGUCUACUGUCGCGUCAGUUCAGAAUCGUCAAACAAUAACAAACACGCUUGACAUUUGAAAACGUCAAAGCGCAAAAAGGGGCAGUACAGGUACAGCUCGUUUCGAAUUCGACGUGCCAUCGCGUGCUCCUUGAGGAAUCUCGACAAUCUACCAAUCAGUAGUGUCAUGACAGCAGUCGGAUGCAAUAAAAUUUGAAUUAAAGAAAUUGUAUUGAUAAACAUAGCAAAAGGAUCUUUAUCGUCUCACGGAAUUCUCACGGUUUGUCUGAAUCCUGAAUAUUUCAAUUCGUUCUAACGCCACGAGGCUAAACUUCAGUGUCUGCUCAUCUUCUCAGGAUAAUCUUAGACACGAAAACCCGGAAAAGGAAGUCAAGAACGUGCAGGAGCUCUGGCACAGAGUCAUUCCAAGUGACGUGUGUUUAGCCUAAACUCAAUUUGUCUCGUUGAACGCAUCGACACUCAAGAUAUAAUACGUAGUAUAAGAUUCGCAAGUGUGUUAAUACGAAUAUACCUGUACACAGUAUAUAAUAUAGCAUUCGAAAAGUUAACGUGCAUCGACCCUACAAUAAUAUAAGCAUAUAUAAAAACCGCCAGUGGAUUACCUAAAGAGUGAAUUUUAUCGUAAAUUCAAAGAAAUCAAGGCAACAGAAGAAUCAGUACAGUAGUAACGUGUACGUCCAAUUAGUCGAGGAGUUAGUGAGUGUGAUUAACUUGUACGUUAAAUAGUACAUUUGAUAAUAGAGUUUGCUCGAGCCGGUAUUACUGGGGAGACGCGUGCGUACGUGAGCUUCGAGUAUUUAUUAGAAUUGAACGCACAAUUUUCUCGCGUGAAGUUUGGGAAUUACCUAAGAUUUUUUUUUUCUAUAUAUAAGCAAUCUCGUAUAGACCAAAAACGAGAGAAAGAUAGUCCUUACGGAUAGCUGAGAGAAUCCGCUGCGAAUUGAUACGGCAUCCUUGAUCGAUUAUCAACGGGAAUACACGUAGCUUCAUUAUUUCUUUUUCCUCGCGAUACUCAGUUUGUCACGGUCAUUAUCCUGAUCUGGACGUUACCGAGAAUCGUAGCUCGUUAACUCAACAGAAUAGAUAACUAUUAACCGAACCGAAGAUUAUUAUUCUAUUGUAUUCUCAAAAGUACGCAGCUCGAACAGAACCGGCAGAGCUACCAGUUAUAUUUAUUAAGCAUACUAUAAAUCAAUAAUUAAAAGCUUCGUAAAGGAGUAGUGGUUUAGUGUUCAAGUGACGAAAGUGCGGAUAAACCUUUACCGGUUACUUACGAAAAGUGGCCGAGGGUGAUAUUCGUCUUCUGGCCAGCGGUUCGCAAACGGCCUCAAGAUUCAGCUGGACAUCAUGCCCUGGUUCAUUCUGUUUCUACUUCUGCUGGCUGUGAUGGAGGCCUUCCCUCGGGAGGCAACCUGUUCUCGUCUACCGGACAUCUACUGGAACUCCACCAAUCCAAUAUUCCGGAUAGACAACACAGACCAUAUAAUAGAUGUGAACAAGAACAACGCAGCCUUCGAGUAUGACCAGGUCAACAUAAUUUGUCCUGUGUACACGCCGGGCACCUACGAUGACGAGGCUGAGAAGUACAUCAUUUACAACGUAUCGAAAGAGGAGUACGAGACGUGUCGGAUAACGAACCCGACUCCGCGGGUAAUAGCGGUCUGCGACAAGCCGAACAAGACAAUGUACUUCACAAUAACGUUCAGGCCGUUCACACCGCAACCGGGGGGUCUGGAAUUCCUCCCAGGACACGAUUACUUCUUCAUCAGUACAUCCUCCAAGGACGACCUCCACAGGCGCAUCGGUGGACGCUGCACGUCCCACAACAUGAAGGUCGUCUUCAAAGUUUGCUGCGGCAACGAGGCCGACUCGUCGUCCUCGUCGGCGACGUCGCGCAACAACUCCGUGGCAGUGACUAGCAGCACCGUACCGAGCAGCAGCUCGACCAGCACGGCAGUUUUGGGUGGUGGAGCUGGACUUCCACCACCGCCGCCACCGAGCGUAUACAAGGGUGGAGAUCGAUUCUACCCAGGAGGCAGUAUCCAUCAUCAUCACGAUCAUCAUCAACCGGCGACCGCGUCGCCCACUCUGCCCCAUGUGCCUCCGCCAGCGUUCUAUCCACCUCAUCCUCAUCAGCCCCAGCCUCCGGUUCACAAUGGAUCCCCGUCGUCCUCGCCGCCCAAGACUUCGAUCACCCAGAAGAAGAAGAACAAGGAGUACUCGGACCACCCGAACGAAGUGGUAAAGAACGAGGAGCUGACGUACAACGGAGCGACGGCGUCGCGACGCCGGUCGUUUGCCGAGCAGGCCUUCCUCUUGACGGGGACGCUCCUCGUCGGCGUAAUCCUGCCGCAGUUGGUCCGGUGAAGCGACUACCAAUCAACACCCGGCGUCAACCCCCUUCUUCUGUGAUUAUCCUACGUUUAAUUAAUUUACGAGGACGUCGAUCGGGGACGAUCGACGAGGCUCGGUCGGCGACAUGAGAAUCGUCGUGCCGCGCACAGCCGCGCGUUGCGAGGAGUUAUCGCGCAAAUGAAAAUAAAAUUAAAGAAACAAUCGCGCCACGCGGAACGGCGACACGGCACGAGCAAAAGCCAUAUUACUAUUAAAUACUACUACUAGACAUUACGUAUAGUAAUACCCAUUAUUAUCACUACUAUAUGGUAGUUGUAUUGGUUGUCCUUCUUAUCAUUACGGUAAUGCUAGGUAUUUAUUCGAAAAAUACGUCGAGGGCAGCGUGCUAACUAUACUCGAGCGAUUCGCGCCGCGGCGAACUCGCCCGGAUCGAAUUAGAGAGAAAAGUGCCCGGGCGCGAUUAUCCUCGUUGUCCCGCGCGAUCGCGUCUCCCAGGAACAAGAAAAAAAAAGACCCGAGGACACGGUCGACGCGAAAUUCCGGAGUCUCGUAUUCACGUCGACGUCGUUGCCGAUACCCAGAGAGUCCCGGAUGCUCCUCGUGAGAACGUCGUCCUAUGCCGUUACUUAGUCUCGCGAUGCAACGGAAUCACCUCGGAUCGGUACUCCGCGUCCGUUGCGUGACCGAAUCCGAUAUUUCGAUAAGAUUACCCGAAUGAUAGAUGCGAAAUCAAACGCCUGAUAGACGGCAGACUUAAUGCUUGUAAAUACGAGGGAGUUGUAUGAAAAAAGAAAACCUCAUGACGCAAUCUCAAACCAUUGAACUCCGUUUACAUUGACGUUCGUCGGCAUAGGAUCUACUCGCGAUCGGCGCCGGGACUCUCGCCGACUGCCGUCGCGACGACUCGAAGACGCUUCUCCGGAGGGUUCGUUAUAGCGUGACGUAGAAAAUCGCGACGCGAUGAUUAGCACGCGUGUAAAUAAAUUCCUAAUGAAUAUGUACAAGUGGCUCUUUAGCCUGUCGGAGAGCUGUGUGCAGUUGUGUGUUGGAGGUUAUGGAAGUCCUUGCGUGUUUCCAUGAAGCGACUGAGUGCACCUGGUAUGCGAGCGAGGAAGCGUAUGGGAACUGAAUAUAAGUGAAACGUGUGAGUGUAUAAGAGAGAAGCGAGUGAAUGGGAUCUAGUGCGAUUCCGUGAGAGAUUGAUUUAAUGAAAAUGACGCAGGACGAUUCGCAAAAAUAUGAAAAAAAAAAAAAAGUAACCCUGUCGCAAGAGUCGAACGUGCUUUUUUUUCAUAUUCGCGACGCUCUGAGCAUAGCGAAGCGACGACAAAUUGUUUUUCCUUCGGGCGACCGCGUCGCGAAUACACAUCCGACGGCGUCGACGAAGAUGAAGGGGGGACAAAAAAAAUUAUUGGAGAAACUGCACGGAGUCCGAUCGAAAGUUCUAAUGAGAUUUAAAAGAUAAAUUAUGGAGUUGACUUAAGAAAUAAAAAGAAAAGGACUAGUUUCUCCGUCGUGAGUGAAUUUAACACAGUUUACACUACGCGACGACGUACGACGUGAGGACAAUUUGUAUCAUAGCUGUACCAUAUUAAACUCCAUUCUAUAGAUCUGUAUUAUAUUUAUUAUCUAUUAUUAUUACAGUACGCUACGGAUAUUCACUCGAUAUUCUAUAUUAGUAAAAUAUCAAAUUUAAUAGAAAAUAAAUUGCGACACGGAGGACGAGUUUCUCUGAUUCUCCUGGAUUCUAAUUUUUUUUUUUUUUUUUUCUUUCGUGUUCACGCGUAUCCGCUCGGGCAGACCAUAGGUGCCACAUACGUUUGCCCUGGCUAGUUCGUACAAUUGGCGAAUUGCGACGUGUACGGUGUAUUUAUUCCUUUUUUUUUUUUCUUUAAAUCUCUAUUCUUUAUUUUAUUAUUAUAUCUUUCAACUACGUCUGACUGUAACGACUGAUGACCUAUUAGUUCAUUAAAUACUCUCUCUCUUAUUUUUUUUUUUUUUAAUAAUAUCUUAUUUAUUACAACCGAUACCCGCGUGCUCCAAUCGCGCAUCGCGCAAACGCACUGAUACGCGCACCGUAUAUGUAGACUCCAAUAAUAGACCACAAUACAGUACUUACGUAUGACGUCAUGACAAUGACGCCCAACGAACGAGCGAACGAAUUAUUGGUCGGUCACAGGAGAAAGAAAGAGAAAGAAAGGAGGCAAAAAAAAAAAUAAGAAACCGCGCGAGACUAGAGAAACGAAAUUGUAAAUACGAAUUAAAUAUCCUCCCAAAAAAAUCCUUCCACAAUCAGUCCCAAAAUCCCUUAAUGAAUUUCAACCCCCUACGAACCUUAGAUCAAAUACACACACGCCCACUCACCUCCCACCAUACAUACACACGAAAGCUGCUUAAUCAAUCGACUCGUUUUCGUCAUCAUUAUGGUUAUCCUACCUGCGUCACAAUGCGAAUGAUUGACUGCGAUCAAUUAACGAAGAAAAAAAAAAUGAAAAAAAAAAAUGAAAAAAUACAACAUGCGUGUAUAAUGUUAUCCAUUACAGUAUUGUAAGCCUAAGUAUUAAAGCGCCUCCUGUCCGCGUCUGUUUGUCUGUCCUGUUCGCGUGUCUCUUAUACCGUUUAAUUUAUCAUUAUCAAGCAGUACGGCACCCAUGUAAAUUAAUCAAUUUAAUCAGCGAUAAAGAAUUACCGACUGUAUGGUUUUCUAUGGUAAACACUGUUAUUACCGUUACGCUUAUGUAUGGUGGACGGAUUUUCUAGCAUCUCGAUUACGGCUGGACGCAGGCGUAACAAAUACGUAAGAGCCUCGAGAUACGAGUAGGGAUAAUCGAAAUCAAUCAGUUCUUAUAUAUAGUUCGUUAAUUGAUAAAUUAUCGACACGUGUACCGUUACCAUUCAGUUACACGUAUAUUUAUAUCUAUACGCGCCUGUAAAUCAGCUCGUAUCGAAAGGCUCGCAAAUUUGUUUUAUACGGGUCCACGAUUCGCGCCCAAACAGAUUACGCGUAAUCAGCGCAUUACACUCGUCACGUGUUUCAAUUAUAGGUUCAUGGAAUCGACGCGAUGAUGCGAAAUCGUAGACGAUUUAAUUUAUCCGUAAUCACGACUGACUCUGAACGAUGAAUUUUUGUAAAGUCCAUAAAAGGAUCCCGUUCGAUUAUGUUAAAGCAAUAGCAAUGCAGCAAUGGUACAUAGAUCCACGUGAAUGGUAACCAUUCAUUACGGACGAUAGGUAGAUACAGUAUAAAAAUAAUUUAGACUCGAGCUAUCGAUAGAAAAUAGACAAGGUCACUUCACUGCAUUUUAUUUUUUUUUCUUUCGUUUCCUAUUAUUUCAUGUCCAAACAAAAAAAAAAAAAA